AUGUGGCGCUUUACCGGCUUUGAAGGACCUUAUGUUUUCUUGGAGACAAUAAACGUAAAGAACUCUUUUAUCCAGAAGUCAAGGCUCAAGGAUUUGCUUGCCUUAUCAGUGGUAAAGUGUCCUCUAAACCAAAAUGAUAUGACUCAUCUUAUGCUCUCAAAUAACAACAAAACAAAACCCAUUGCCCACUCAGAUCCUGAGCCUUUGGUGCAAGAGCAAGCUUUGGCCCUCCGUAAUAUUGUUGACGGAUGCAUCAACUCCAUUGAGUUUGUGUUUGAUGGAGAUGGCCUUAUCUUAGAUACUGUUGGAAGACAGAUGAGGAAAGCUCCACAAGCUCAAAUGGCAAUACAGGGAAUGUAUGUGCUCACAGAUCUGGCGAGUGGUACUGAGUUACAUAAAGAAGCGGUUAUGCAGCAACUGUUUCCUCAAGGGGAAGCUGAAUGAGGCAGUUCCAUACUUAAGUUUUGCAGAGCCAUGAGAGCCAGUUACGGUUAGUGACAGUCUUGACAAUUACAAACCUUAUUAGUCCUUCAACUCCUGGUGCACUUGAUCGUCAUGUGAAAUUGCGGAGUGCUGGUAUCAUUCUUCAGUUGAAAAACAUGGCCAACGAUCCAUGCAUUGAUGUUAAGGUCAUUAAAAGGAGUGAACUUUCAAGCAGUUCUUACUACAUUGUUUUAUAUACUCAAAAUCUGUUUCAAUCCUCUCUUUACUUGCAGAUUUGUAUUAGAACAGUAUUAGGCCAGUCAAUGUCUUUUGGCGAUGAUUAACAAACGCAGAGAUAUUGCUAUUCCCAAUCCACAGACUAUAUCCACUGGACAUAUCAAUAGUGAUUUAGCUUUGAUUCAACUUUCACCAUGUAGCAAAGGAGAGACAGCCUUAAGAGUUUAUGAUCACGUUCAUUGAUUAUACCUCCAGUUCCAGAGACAUACCAUCCAACAAGUACUUAAUUUCUCAGGCUUAUUCUUCUCAUUUCUGGUUCCUGAAUUGGCCAUAAAUGAAACACUAAUCUGAGCAUUGCAAAAGCAUAAUAGGACAAGGAGAUUUUGUGUUUCAGUUACUGCUAUGUGUAACAAAACAGUAUUGUAUUUGAUUAUGUGUGCAGUAGCUGUCAGAAAGAAUUGUACUGUUGUACCAUACUACCUUGUGCAACACUUAGAUUAGAUCCACCACCUUUUUUAUUUUACUGUAUCUGUUUUUGCCUUGAAAGAAACAUUUGAGUUUA